CGCCUCUCCCCGUUUUGGCCCGGUAACGUGACCAGCCUAUGCCCGGUGCCCAGCGGUUCAGCAUAAUCGAAUCCGCCCAUUGGGCAGGACUCAUUUUGACAACGGGAACACGAAACAAAAAUAGGCAAACAGAAGAACCAUCAAAUAAAAACAGCAAACUAUGUCUCUAUCGAAAUAUUGACCUGCGUACUCAACGUUAUAUUCAGACUAGAACUCGGAUUUAUCUCAAAACUAGUCGUUUCUAGUUAAAGUAUUGGUGAGACUGAUUUCAACACACUGGUAAUUUCAAACCUCAAGCCACCUGCCCUCUGCUCGGAGUUCAAUACCCGAGAGGAGGGCGCACAAAUUCAGCCUCAUACAGACAGAGGGACGGACAGACAGAUAUAUAGACAGACAGACUGGCAGAAGGACAGACAGGCAUCAGGAUGCCUCUGUUCUUCAGAAAGAGGAAGCCCAGUGAGGACUCCAAGAAGCGUCUGGAGUAUCAACUGUGCCUGUCUAAAGAAGUAGGGGCUGGUGACAUUCUGGACAUCUCCGCUUGUGAGCUCACAGAGGUUCCAACCAGUGCGUUUUCCAUAUGCAAGGUGCUACAGAAGAAGGUCUUCAUUCUCCAUGGAAACCAGCUGAAGUCCAUGGUGCCCAAAGGCUGUUGCAUCAACUUUCUGGUCACACUAAAGGUGUUGGAUUUGCACGAGAACAUGCUGACCGCCCUCCCUGACGAUAUAGGGCAACUAGCAUCCCUGCAGGUGCUGAAUAUAGAAAAUAACCAGAUCAAGGCCCUGCCGGACUCCAUUGGGGAUCUCAGACUUCUGCAGACCCUCAAUGUGAAAGGUAAUUGUCUAAGUCAGUUGCCUACUUCUGUGGGCCGUAUGAGCAGCCUGCGCACACUUGACCUGAGUGAGAACAGUGUGAGGGAGUUACCCCGGGACCUGGCUCUGGCACGCACUCUAGAGAGCCUAACCCUGGACGCUGCUCUGAUGUCCUACCCCCCUGCCUCGGUGUGCACCACGGGGACUGAGGACAUCCAACGGUUCCUCUGCACUGAGCUGGGGGAGGAGUACUGCCCCUCGUCUCAGUUCCUGCUGCCCGUGCUGGAGAGUGACUCAGGGAAGCAGAGCCCGGACAAUGUGGACAGCCUGGAGGUGGCCUGGCAGAGUAAGUUCAAUGACUUUGAGAAGAGAAAGGAGCAGAAGCACCAGGAGAAACUGGCAUUUGAGCGUCAGCUGGAAGAGAAGCAGAAGGAGCACCACCAGCUCCUCCUCAUGAACAACUCCCACAAGGAGAACAUCCUGCUGUCUGUCAGACAGGAUCAGGAGCGUCUGGAGCUAGGCGUGUCAGUGCAGCAGAGGUUCCAGGAGGUUGAGAGGCAGAGGAUUCUGGGUAAGGUCCGCCAGGCCGAGACGGGCAUCGCUAACCGCAUCAGCAACCUGCUACUGGACAACAAACGACAAAGAAAAAGUGCAGAGUUUCUCCAACAGUUGGAGCAGGACCGGAUACGGAUGGAGCAUCUGACGGCCAUCACACAAGAAGAGACCAACUCACUCAGGAAGAGAGAGGUAGCAGUGGCCAUGCAGAAGAUGUUGUCAGAGAGCUGCUCUAUGCGUCUGAUGCAGGAAGCCAGUGACUCACGCAGACAGAGUCUGGUCACUGAGGCCUGCAGGAGGAGGUUCCUGUUUAGAAACGCAUGUCCACCUCUCUCCUCUCGUUGUAGUCUGGAGAGUCAGGACAGGAAGUUCGAUCAGGUGCUUUCGCUCCAGCAGCUAGACAAAUCCAAAGCCAUCGCUUGUAUCCUACAGGAGGAGGAGAUGCAGAAGGCAGCCUUCCAGGCACUGCAGCUGCAGAAGGACAGUGUGCACGGCUACAUCCAACAACAGAUCAGGCUAAUAGAAGGAGAGUUAAUGCAGCUGACUAAACUGGAGGUUAAGAGACACAAUCUGGACGCUGAGAACCUGCAGGAGGUGCUGUGGGAGCAGCGAUCGGCUCUCAGUGACCUGCUGCAGCAGCUGCUGAAGGAGAAGGACCAGAGAGAGGUGGAGCUGAGACAGGUCCUCCAGGAGAUGGAGCUGAAGAGUGACUCCAACCAGCAGAACUACUGGCUGAUCCAGUACCAGAGGCUGCUGGACGCCAAGCCUCUAUUGCUACGCAUGCAGGAGGUUGGUGUGGAGAGUGACCUUGUCAGUCUGCUGUGUAAGCUGUCAGCCCAGCACUAUCUCCCCAUCAUGGCCCACCACAGAGUCACUUCCGAGGCCCUGCGCCACAUGACCACCAAAGACCUCCGCAAGCUUGGAAUCAAUGAGAUGGGUAUCCAGAAGGCUCUUCUCAACUGGGCCAGGGAGCAGCCCACCGCGCCUUCUGAAGGGGCCUGCAAGGCCGAUCCUCAGGUAGAGGAAGCUGUCCCGUCACCAUCUUCUCUACCCAGCGCCCCCGGCGAGACACCCACCUCCACCCCUCCACUGACCCCCGUCAACCCCUCAGCCCCCAGCCUCAUAGACGGCCCGGGUAGCUCAGAGUGUGUGGUGUGCAUGGAGACAGGGUCUCAGGUAAUCUUCCUGCCCUGUGGCCACGUGUGCUGUUGCCAGAUGUGCAGCGAUGCCCUCCAGACCUGCCCCUUAUGUCGCAGCAACAUCGCCCAGCACCUACGCCUCUACCACGGCUAAAGGGACCUUCUUUCCAACCUUCUGAGGCCUCAAUGUGGCCUGGGAGAGCCACAAGCACUCUACCUGCAGGCUUUUGUUCCAGCCCAGCACUCACUUCAUCUUAUGCCUGGCAAUAUCUGCAACUCUUAUCAUACAAGUCUAGGAAAUAGCCUGUUUUCUCAUCUUUAACUCUGUCAACCAAGUCACUUUUUUAAAUCACAUUUUGUGACCCAAAAGGGACAAGGUCAAUGACUGUUAGGUGUGGUGAGGGAGAGAUGUCUUACCUUAGUGAAAUAACUGUCUAGUACCUUUGCUCACUCUUCUCUUCAUAGUUUAAAUAGUGGUUGGCCACCCUUUAAAAUGCAUCAUCAUACAUAUCAUACAUCAAAUGGUAACCAAUGACACUUUUCUGAUCUCUCUCUCUCUCCAUUCAAGUGCUCUUAUAGUCAUUUGUAAACAUAGCAUGCUACAGGUUAUAGGAAACUUAUAUUGUACGGAAUGAUACCAUCUAAAAAUAUGCUGAAUAUGAAGACAUUUAAUGAUAUUCAAUUGUAAUGUGGUGAUGUGUUAUAAUGUUCCUUAGCUGGUUAUGUGAUCACUUUCAACUUGUGUGUAUUCAGCUUCUGAAUGUGUUCUCUUGGUUGGUUCAAUAGACGCUAUCAUACUCUCUCCUAGCAUUUGCCACAGAUCACCUAUAUGUACUGUCAAUGGCUUUUCACGCACUGAGCCGAACUGGGCUGGGCCCGGUUUCCCAAAAUCCUCUUGUGGCUAAAUUAAUCGCAAGAACCUUCGUAGGAGCGUUGUUUCCCAAAACCAUCGUUACUAAAUAUGCACUUAACGCUUGUUAUUUAACGGCUGCCUCAGCUGUUCUACAAGUGGUCUAAGUGCGUCAUUUUUUUUUGCCCUUUCAGUUUAUACACAAGAUCUACGGAUGUUUAUCUGUGACCGCCGAUAACUACAAAUACCAAGUUACCAAUGUCUUUGCAAUUGUUACAUACAAGCGAAAACCGAGCUGUGUUGGCUACAUAGGCCAAUAUGUAAAUCAAUUUCAUGUUAAUUCCAUUGAGUUAUAUUUAGCUAAUUUGCCUCCAUUUAAUGUGUAACGUGCGCACUGAUGUUCCAAAGCUACAACUGUGCAUUAUUUUAGGGUAGCCUCAGCAAUGGAAUAAGCCGUCUCAAUAUUUGCAGCCAUAUGGUGAUAUCUCGGAGCUGAUCCGUCGUCGUAUUGUGGAACAAUUUGAAUGGAGAAAGCUGAUCCAAGGGCAGCACUGCCUUUGUUUCGACACCACCAGUAUCAAAAAAAUGCUCCAACGACGCACUUAGUGAAUGUUCCCAAUGUAGUGCUUUGGGAAACAUGAGAGUUCUUCGGUCGUUAUAGGAACGAUCCAUCGUUAACAUUCGUAAGCUUAAAUUGCAUCGCUAUCGGGGAAACCCGGGGCCUGGUCUGGUUAGGCGUCCACCAUGUCAAAAGAAAAUCUCUGGUUAGGGUUGGCAAAAUUGUGUGAAAAGAGUAUCAGUGUCAGGUACAUGAUCACUUAAAGCUGCUCUAGAAUGUAAAUAUAUACAGAAAAAUGUAUAGAAUAUAUCCUUUCAUUUGUAUGCAAACAGCUUUGUAUAUGGUAGUGUCAAAUAUAGUUACACUGCAUACAAUAGCAUGUUAUACACACCUGUUUAAUAUUUACUUAUUGCAUAGAUUGUUCAGUUUCCUUCCAAUAGUGUAUAUCCUUAAAAUACAGUUAUAUCAAACGAAAUGGGCAGAUAAAAUACCAUAUGUGUGGGUGUUAUUUGAUGCAGUGGGCAUAGCCUGGCACCUAGCCUAGUAUCAAGACUCGACGUAAACCAUAUCGCUAAUUUAAGAGUGUCACAUGGUCAGGCCUCCAGCCUCAGAUUUAUGCCUGCAUCGCUCUAGGUCUUCUAUGCAUUAAAUGCUGAACUUUCUAGAUGUUAAAUCACUUCAGUCUAUUUCAUGUAUACUUCUUUCAUUCCAGUGUUGGUAAGUAUGGGUUGUCAUCACUUAGGUAACACUCCGUAUCCUGCUAUAAUAUGACCAUAGGAAUUUAUGCAUUAAAAAAAAGGCAUGUUCAUGUAGCCUUGCUUAUAUUGAAUUAUUUCAUGCCAUGCAUGUUGUCACUUUUGUGAUAAGGUUAUGACAAUGUUAUUGCAGGAUACGUGGAGUAACGGUUACCGUCACUUCUCUUCACUAGUAGUUUGAUGGAAAAAGCCUAUGCAAAUCUGCUCUACCCUUUUCUUGGUUUGUGAUUUGACAGUGCAUUAUCUUAGUCAUUUAAUACACUGACAUUUGAAUAAAAUGUAAACUGCAUUUUGA